AUGGCGGCGGGGGCUCCUCUCGGGGCUCAGGCAGACGUCGCCAUCGACGGCAUCCUGCCAGAGUCGCUGGGCCUGGAGCUGUGGAACAAGCUGGCGCUCAAGGGCUUCUGCGUCGUCGCUCCGUUCGUCGGCCAGGACGUGCUCGACACAGCGAUCGGCCAGGCCAGUGGCUUCGGCGCCGACGGGCGGUGGACCAAACUGAACAGCAUCAUCCUGGAGGGCCUGCUGGGCGUCGAGGGCUCCUGCGAGGUUGCGGAGCUCGCGCCCCCCAACGGCGAGAACGAGGAGCGGAUCCGGCAGGACGGCGAGGUGCUCGUGCAGCUGGACUACGCGAUGACGCAGCUCGGCUUCGCGGUGGAGCCCUACCUGGGCGAGCGUGGCCUGGACGUCUCGCACAGGACCGCCGGCCUGCUGCACCGGUGCGGCGAGCAGGACGAGCUCCCCGUGCCGCUCACGGAGCUGGACUGCGCGAAGUGGCACUCCCAGUUCCUCAGGCACAGGCUCAUGGUGUGCAUCUUCCUGGGGCCCUCCCCCGGAACGCUGCGGCUCAGGCCCUACGAGACGGAGCAGGCCGAGGUCCAUAGUGUGCAGAUACUCCCCGGCAGCACGGUCGUCUUGCGCCCCGACUUGAUGUCGCACGCAUUCUGCUCCGAAGGCGCGUCCCUGUCCCUGUCGACGUUCUUCCUGCAGGGCCGCCCUCAGCGCUGCGCCAGGGGCGCUCAGCAGAUGACGCCGUCCGCGAGGCUGCUUGACGACUGGACCCUGAGCAGGCUGCGGCACCUCAAGGAGGAUAUGUCCAGCGACUCUCUCUGGACCGCCGAGCUUCCCCACGGCUGGCAGACUGCGAUGAACCACCUGUUCCACAAGGGGCAGAUGGGUCGGCGGAUAUCCGUCGUCGGCGCCGCCUGCAGGACGCCGCUGGCUUACGACCCAGGCUCGUUCUCGGGCGUGCAGCUCUUCGGGCUGGACUGCGUAACGGAGGUGCCCAUGUCCAGGUGGGACCAUGAGAGGGUGUUCGACCCGGAGCCCGAGAGCUACCGGCGGGGCAAGGUCUACUGCAGACACGCCUCCUUCAUGGAGGGCGUCGAGCUCUUCGACAACAAGACGUUCGGGCUCGGGGCGGCGGAGUCGAGGGCCAUCGACCCCCACCAGCGCCAGAUCCUGGAGGUCGGCUACCUGUCUCUGCAGGCGGCCGGGUACAACAAGAAGACGCUCAUCAACAAGUACUGCGGCCUCUACCUCGGGCACGGCAACGCCGAGUGGCAGAUGACCGAGCGGCCCACGGAGUCGAGCACCUACGGCGCCACGGGCACCGCGCUGAGCAUCGCCGCCGGGCGCUUCUCCUUCACGCUGGGCCUGAAGGGGCCGAGCAUGACGGUCGACACCGAGGGCUCCUCCGGGGCGACCGCAGUCUACCUUGGCGCGGAGAACCUCCAGGGGAAGCCUGGGGCGGAGUCCACCCUGAACGACAUGUCGCUGGCCAUCGGGCUGCGGGUGCUCCUCUGCCCGGUCUGGUGGUCGUCCAAGUGCGCGGGCGGGUGGCUGUCGCCGACGGGCCGCUGCCUUUCCUUCGACAGCUCCGCAGACGGCUACGUCUACUCCGACGGCGUGGCGGCCGUGACCAUGGCGCCGUUCAAGGAGGGCGGCGAAAAGGACCACAUCGGCAACAUCGCGGGCGCGAUGAUGAUGAACAGCGGCAGGGGCGCGACGCUGAGCGCGCCGCACGGCCCCGCGCAGCAGGAGACCAUGGUCGAGUGCAUCCGCAACGCGCACAUAUCGCCCUUCGACAUCGACGCCGUGGAGACGCACGGCGUCGGGCACGACCUUGGCGACGCCAUUGAGGUUGGCUCCAUUCUACGGGUUCAUCGAUCUGAGGAUGUCCGAGAGCCUCUCUCGCUGAUGGCUCUCAAGACAGCAACGGGGAAUAGCGUGGAAAGCGGGGGUAUACUCGGGCUCAUGAAGACCAUGCUGUCAUUCUGGGCCGGAGCAAUGCCACCCAACCUGCACCUGCAGCAGCUGAACCCGCACAUGGACUUUGGUGAGCCACCGUGCUCCUUCGUGUCCGAGUGCUGCAGCUACAGGAUGCAGAGCAUGUUCGCGGGAAACUUGUCCCAGGGAUUUGGCGGUUCCAACGUGUACAUUGUGGGCUGGGGGCAGAUUAGCAGCGACAGACUCCCCGAUUCGCAGCCGCCAGCCAGUAAGCAAGUCACUUUCUGGCCAGGGGGCGGUGGCGAACUGCCCCAGCACCAGACGCCAGCGAGCGGCUACUAUAUCUUGGGCUCGUGGUCCCAGUGGGAGGGCGCCGCCCAGAUGGACCCGGAGGGCGAUGGCGUCUUCGGGUACACGGUCACCCUCGGCGUCAACAGGUGGGAGUCCUUCCAGAUCCUCCUCGACGGCGACCCCGCGAAGCUCCUGCACCCCGGCGUCCCGAGGGCCUCCAGGGACUUCCCCGUCGAGGGCCCGCCGGAGGACGCGGAGCCGUUCCGGGACUGCGCCUGGCUGCUCGACGGGCGCGGCGCCGCGCCCCCGGGCGAGGCGCCCGCGGGGGCCCCCCGGGCCGACCGCGACAGGCCCGGGGACCGGUACCGCGUGCGGCUCCACGUGCGCGGCAGGUGGCGCAGCGUGAGCUGGGAGAAGCAGGCGCCGGCGCUCGAGGAGGGCGCCGGGCCGCCGGGCGCUCCGGAGGACACUGGGAGGUACUUCCUGGUGGGCGCACUCACAGGCUGGAGCAUGGAGGAGAUGGAGGCGGACCCCGCGACACCGGGCGCCUUCUCCGCGCAGGUGCAGCUUCCCUUCCGGGCGGGCGGCAGCGAAUUCCUCGUGGUCCGCAACCGUGACUGGAGCCAGGUCAUCUAUCCCAGCGUCCCGAUGGCCACCCGCGCAUCUGGCUUCGAGGUGCUGGGGCCCGACGACGGGCAUGAGAGCCUUCUCUUCUGCAUCGAGGGUGAGCCCGGCGAGCGCUUCCGGAUAAGCUUCCAGCGCACGGUGGGCCUGGACUCCGACGUGAAGAGGGUCGAGUGGCAGAGGGCAGACGCUUAG